UGAGCAACACCAAUGUACUUCAUGAUUCAUAAAUAUUAUGCGAACGACGUGUUUUUUAUUCCUACUUUGUUAUUUAAGUGAUACAAGUGCAGUGAAUAAUAAAGAAGGCAGGGAUUAUAUAGAAAUAAACCCGCUUCAACCGCCCGACUUUGAACCAGUAAGAGUGAAUGGAAGGGUUUAUAGGAAAUUUAAGAAAUAUUCUUGUACAGUGUUCGAGGAUGCUAAAUAUACCCAAACGUUGCUGCGUGGGGAGGAGGGCUGGUCAUUUCCGCGACAAGACGUAAAUCUCACGCUGGCGUACCCAUCCGCCGCUCACGUCGAUUCAGACUUAAGAAUAGAGAAAGACUACAUCAUUACAGGGUACGAGGUGAUACUGGUCACGGACGGCCGGGGAGGUCGCGCCUACAUACAGUCUGGUGGGAUGAUGCAGAACACCAUAAGCCUGACGUUCAUCAGUCAGAACAUAACGACCCUCGCGUACCAAUUCUGGCUGUAUGGAGCCGCGCGGACCAACGUACCUGCCGAAUUUUACAACUAUAUCAUGUGUUAGACGAGAAACCCUUUCAUUUGCUAAAAAAUUUACUCGUAUUCUUAAGCGGAUAUACACCGUGUUUUUUUUGUUUUCCGUUAAAUUUGACACGUAGCUAGGUUCAACAUCAGGAACCACCCUGUAUAAAACUUUUAGUUAAAUUCGCAAAAAAAAGAUUUUUUUUCAUCAUUU